AUGGCCGCCGACGACUCCCCCCACGCCGCCAGUGCGUGGUUCGCGGUGCCAGCGCCGGUGCGCGACCUCUUCAAGCGCUUCCCGCUACGGACGCACCCGGCAGAGGCCCUGCCGGCGCGCGCCCCGGGGGCGGCACGGCCGCGCGCGCGCCUCUUUGUCUUUGUCGCCGGCGACGAUGAGGAGGCGCCGCCGAGCCAUAACCCGUCGUGUCUCAAGUGGCAGACAUAUCUGCGCAUCGCCGGCGUCGACGUCGACGUGGUGCCCUCAAACAACCACGCCUCGCCCUCGGGCGCGCUGCCCUUUCUCCUCCCCGCGGCGUCGGAUCCCCGGCCGGACGUGCCCCUGACGGGACACAAGAUUGCUCAGUACGCCCGGGAUCGUGCCGUGCAUCCCCUGCCGGAACAUGGUGGCACGACUCCCUUCCCUGCGCGCCGCGAGGCCUACCUCGCUCUCCUGACGCACAGCAUCCGCCCCGUCUGGCUUCACGCCCUCUACCUCGACUGGACCAACACCCCACUCCUAUCUGCCCUCUACCUCCCGUCAUCCCCCUUCCUCCGCGUCCCCCUCACCCGCACCCUCCGCGCCGCCGCCGCCGCACAAGUCCUCGCCACAACCCGCCGCCCGCUCAUCGACCCGCUCUCCCUCCUCGCCAACGCCGCCGCCGCCUUCCGCGCCCUCUCCGCCCUGCUCGCCGACAACGAGUGGUUCUUUGGCGCCGCCGCCCCGGGCCUCUUUGACGCCGACGUGUUUGCGUACACGCACCUCAUCCUCGACGAUCGCCACUGCCGACCCAAAAGCGGCUGUAGCAGUCGUGAUAGUAGCGACGGCGGCGGUGGGCUGGGCUGGGGGGAGCAUGGGCGUGCUUUGAGGGCCUGUCUCAUGGGGUUCGACAACUUGGUUGCACAUAGGAAUGCCUUGUACAGCAGGUGUUGGGGGAGUGAGGCAGGCAAGGGGAGGGCUGCCUAA